GGCCGUUAAAAGAAGUGGGGGGAGGAAGAGAACAGGGAGGCGUCCAGAGGCGCAGAAGCUGGGAAGAGCCCGGGAAUGUCCCCUUUCCCCCACCCACCAAGUGAACGAGAGUGUCUUUCCAGAGUCAGAAGCAGCAACCCAAGAGAAAAAGGAAGGAGAUGAAAGAGAAGGACCCCGAAGGGCUUGGAACUGGCAAGAUUUCAAAAAAAUGUCCCCAUCCCUUCCAAGCAGGGAGUGGGGCUGCAUUCUGGGAAAGAGCCAUGCCAGAAAUCUUGGUUCAAGACCCUGUGACCGCAGAUGAACGCAGCCGAUGCUUCCGGCAGUUCUGUUACCAGGAGGCUGAUGGGCCCCGAGAGGUUUGCAGCCGGCUCCACGGACUUUGUAAGGACUGGCUGGAGCCAGAGAGGCGCACCAAGAAGGAGAUGGUGGACCUGGUGAUCCUGGAGCAGUUCCUGGCCAUCCUGCCGCAGGAAGUGCAGGGCUGGGUGAGAGGAUGCGGGCCAGAGAGCAGUUCCCAGGCAGUGGCCCUGGCUGAAGGUUUCCUCCUGAGUCAGGCAGAGGAGAAGAGGCAGGCACAGCAGAUAUGGGGAGGAUCCGUGAAGGUGGAAGCAGAGUUCUCUGAGGCAGAAGGAGCUCCGUCAGAGGAAGGCGGUGUAGAGACAUUAUCGAGCCCUAUUCUAGGCAGAGAAGUGGAAAUGCUUCCUCGACCUCUGGUCCAGUCUCCAGUUUCCUUUGAGGAGGUGGCCGUGUAUUUCACCAUGGCGGAGUGGGGCCUGCUAGAUCCGGGCCAAAAAGCCCUCUAUAGUGAAGUCAUGCUGGAGAACUAUGGGAGUGUGGCUUUUCUGGCCAAGAAUAUAAGAGAUCCUACGCUGGAGACAGACCGAGGCCUUGCAUCUGAAAAAUUGCUGCAGAGUUUUUCCGGAAGAUCUGAAGAGACUGUUUCCUUCCCCAAUCAACUGGUAGCAAAAGCAGAUGCAGAAGAGACAGUUGGGGAAUUCCACAAGUUCUCUUUGGAAAUAGUCAAGAAUGAAGAUGCUGACGAAAACUCUGGAGAUGGACCACAGAGGCAGGAGGAAAGCCACGCAGGUAAGAGGAGGGAUAAGCCCAUUCCUUGCCAAAGAGGGGUCCUCCCUGAAACCCCAGUCCAUGAGGAAUGGUCAGUCAACAAAAGAAGGAACAAAGGCCUCUGUGUUUAA